GCGGGGCCAGUGUGUGUGAGUGUGACUGUGAGUGUGUGUGAGUGUGUGUAGGAGUUGAUAUAAGGAGGCUGAACCACAGGCACAUCCCAUAUCUCCACACAAGGAAUCCUAAAAUCCAGAGUCGAGUAAAUGUCUCCUUCUCAAUGAAGUAUGAGUCUUGGAGAAGAUGCAGGACGAUGGAUAUGCCAGUUGCAGUUUCUUCCUGGAGGAAGAGGAAGCCAAUGAAGCCGGCCAGGCACAGGCAGCAUCCGUCCCAGUAGAGCCAUUGUCCUAUAGUGGUGGGAGAUUCAAAAAUGGGGCAGUUGGGCUGUGCAAUCUUGGGGUAACCAACUGUCUGAAUUCACUGCUGCAGACUCUGUACAUGAACCAGCACUUUACUGACAUACUCUGUGGGAUUGGGCGUCCAAAUCACAAGAUCCCUGCAGAGAAGAGGCUGCCGUAUCAGCUGCUGGCCCUGUUUGAGGAAAUGCAAAACAGCAAGGAAGACGCGGUCGCCCCCUAUGGAUUCAUACACUGCUUACAGACUCUUGAUAUAAGAUUAUGUGAACAACAUGAUGCUGCCGACCUCCUGUUUGUGCUGUGGAAUUUACUUCUCCAUCAAAUGCCCCACCCACACCUGGCAAAGAGACUGAGGGCACUUUAUGGCAUCAAACUUAAAGAAUAUACAACGUGCCACAAGUGCUCUCAUGAGAAGUCCAGUGACCUGGAAGUCCUGACAAUUCCGUUGCCAGUUCCCUACUCCAAAUACCACAGAACGCUGCCCCUGCAACGGGCGCUCUGGAGGUUCUUUAAGCCACAUGAGACGAGCGAAGAAAAUAAAAGCUUCUGCCCAAAGUGUGAAGAAAACACUGCAGGACAGAGGGUUCUCCGGUUCCUGUCACUACCUCAGACUCUGACAAUACACCUGAAACGUAUCAGCAAAAGAAAGUCCACCCAUCUAGAGAAGAUAAACAGAACAUUGUCUUUCCCUUCCUCGCUGGACUUGAGUGACGUACUGGAUCAGGAGCAGUUCCCAGAACAAGAACAUGCUCAGUCAGAAUUCAAGUACAGACUUUUUGCUGUCAUCGCCCACUCCGGAACGGCCAGCUUCGGUUACUACUGUGCCUACGUAAAUAGCUCAAAGGACCAGAAGUGGUACAGCUUUAAUGACUCCAGCAUCUGCAAGGUAUCCUGGGACGAUGUGAAAUGCACCUAUGGAAACAUGGACUUUCACUUUGGUGCGACAGCCUGUCUGCUGGUCUAUAUACAGGGAGAAGAGAAUUAGGGGCGCCAAUGCUGCAGGAUGACAUUUAAAGUCCAUAUCAUUUCAGUACACGGAACCCAUCUUGCAUUACCCCCUGGUUCAGGGAUAAACAUUUACUUGAGCUGCUAAUAACUGUUCUUUUUAUGGAAUGUAAAUGUGAAGCCAAACAACUUUCACUCCACAACAUGUCAGCAAGCACAAUCAACCCAUCAACCUAUCAGAUACUUUCAAAGAGCAGACCUUUAAAUGGUACCUGCUGAUUGGUUGCUGUGGGUUACUAGAAGUGGAGCUGUUUCUACCAUUGAUACUCACUCUUUGGGAAUGACAUCACUUGAAUUAUACAAAAGGGUGGAACACAAGGAGACGACUUUAGAGGACAACAUCUUUCCCAAAAACUUUAGAGGAUCCCUGGUUGCAACCCACAAGACAAGGAUUUCCUUAAAGAUAUGUCAUUAGACAUCCAUCGUUUUCUUCAGGGAUUUUUAACCUAUGGCUCCAUGAUCCCUCUAAAUAAUCUGAAAUACAUUUCUACCACAGA